UGAAAAAGCACCAAUGCAGUUGAGUAGGAAACAUAAUAGUUUUAUCACAAAGUUAUUUAGAACUCAGGCAUUCAUCUCAUUGUUUUAUUGAUAACGGUGUAGUAUGUGGAUACUGUUCAUUUUAUCAGUAGAUUCUUGAUAUUCGUAACGAUAUAGGUACUUAAUCUUGAAAACAAUAGUGCAAUUUGGUUUGAUACGAGUGGUUUGUUGUGAAAAAUGCGCUCACGCCGAGCACAAACGAUUAGUAAAUAUAGGUAACGUGAGUCAUUGACGUGUGUAAUAUGUUUUCAUAGUUUAGUAAUGAGUGCCAAGGUGACGGGUGGUGGGUGAGGACGCCCCGCAUCCGCAGUUUAUCUCGGCCGCCGGAGCUCGCAGCUACUUGUCGAGGACCACCGUAGGAGGGAUACUUGUCGGGAUAUCGCAGAAUAUGGCAUACCCGAGCGGGCCGCCGCCGGCGCCCCCGGCGCAGUCGCUGGGCUCCACCAACACUGUGUUCAUCACGGAGACACGCUUCGAUCUCUCAUACAUUGUCACUCCGCCUGGCAUCAUUAAAGCUGUGCUUGUUGUGUUGAACCUGCUGUGCUUCACCUGCGUGGAGGCGAGCGCAUUCCGGUCGAACGGGCGCGGCGUGUACUUCGUGUUCGUGUCGCUGGUGGGGCUGGCGUGCACCGGCGGGCUGCUGCUCAUGUACCUCUACCACGUCGUCGAGAAGUACCACAACUUCAAGUGGCUCAAGGUGGAGAUGGUGGGGUGCGUGGUGCUGACGUUCCUGAACCUGAUCGCGGCCACGAUGGCGGUGGCCUUCGGCAACGCCGCCUACUCCGCUGCGGGGUUCUUCGGGUACCUGGCGAUGGUGUUGUACGGUGUGGACGCGUUCCUGAAAGCCAAGGCGCUGAAGGCGGGCGAGCUGGCGCAGGGCUCCCGCGUCCACACCAAGCAGACGCACAUCACCACGCCGCCCGCGCUGCCCUAGUCGCACCGAGGCCGGCGGCAUGACGGCACCGCGGCGGACCCGAACUGGAUUCCCACCUUGGCUUGUUUUCCUUCAGCCAGUCGAGUAAUUUUCUGAGUCUUAUGAAGAAAAACCAAAUAAGCUCCUGCUUCUCUGCAAAUACUUUAGACGUGUCGUUAUUGAUUAUAUACAUACCCCACACAUUAUCUACCCGUUGGUGUCGCCGCUACUUGCAUGUCCAUCCACUGCGAGCAACACUCGUUCACUGCAUCGACAUAGAGGUCGGAUAGAUCAAAUCAAAAGCGUUGUAAUUAAAAUAUUAAUUGUCGUAUUGAUAAAAUUAUUGUCUAGUUCAGUUACCUGAGUAUUUGUUUCGUGAAGGUCUUCCUUAGCUUAGGGUAAUGGCCGCGACUGUAUCGUCGACGAAAUUACAGUUUUAAAAGGCAUGACGCGCUUUAAGCCAGCCUUUUACUUUUUGAGCGAUUUUUCUUUAGAAACGGGAGACAAGUGUUUAGUGGAGGGUAACGUAUUUAUGAAAUAAUUCUAUUAAUAUGUAUUUAUUAAGUAAUUCUUAAUCAGUCGUAAUCAUGUAAAUGUGUACCUCAAAUGUACUUAUCUAAUUUAUGUUAGUUUUAAGCGAUGAUAUUAUUAUUGUUUGUGAUAUUCGUUAAUAAAUCACUAAUGACUUACUUGUAAAUAACGGUAGUUAAGUUCAAAUAUAUACGAUAUACUUUACCUUAACAUAUCUUCAUAGGCAUUUAUUAACUAACUAUGAGAUUUUAAGAAUACAAAACCUCUAAGAAUAAAAUUGUAUGAAACCAGAUAUCCAUUUUUUAAUGAUGAAUUGAAAGUAGUUUUGGUUUUGAAUAUAUAUUUUUUUUCUAAAUUAAUACAAACGAUAAUUUUAUUAAUGGAUCUUCAACAUAAAUGGACUCGUACACCUGUUCUUAUGGACCUUAUAGUUUGGUGGUGUUCCUAUCCAACUAUUUCUGGUGGUGAUCUUAAGUAGGUAUACCUAUAUGAAUUAAUGUACAUCCGUCCGUACUUAUUACCUAGCUUAUUAGCUCAUGUUUGUGUCAAAUAUAAUGUUUACACUAUUGGUCCAAUUUUACAGUAUAUUUUCAAGGCAUUUAUAUAAGCUAGCGCAGCCGCGAGCUCGGUUACAGGCCGUCGUCGCAGAGUAAAGUCUUUGACAAUUUUUACAAGUUUGAUAUAAUUGUUAAGCAAUUAUGGCAAGUCACAUAUCUUCCCUUGUUCUCCUGUAGCAUUUUGAUUCGUUUUGGAAUUUAUUGACACCAAGCCAAGUAAAUAAGGCUAAUUGCAACAAGUGUCUAUGGGAUUGAUUGCCUGUAAGAGAGUGUGCGGAAUUGUUUUCUAAUGUUAAGGAAUGUUUUAUUAAUAUAUACGUCGUUUCAUCACGCUCAUAUUUUAGCCUAAUUUGCUAAAGUUAAUCUUUAGAUAUAGAAAUUCAUCUCUUUCAAACACCACUCCAUAGAAAUAAGUUACGUUCUUAUUUGUAGGUCUCUCGUCAACUGGUCCUGACUCGCUCGCUUCACAGUACAUUACACCUUACACACACACACACACACGCACACGCACACAUAUAUACACCCUCACAAGCGCAACUCUGACACCUUACCAUUAUCACACACUCUCACAUAUUUUUUUAAGUUAUCUAGAUUUAAUUUAUCCAACUGUUAAAGACUCUUUUUGUUAAGUCCCAAGAUACAGGCUCAGCCUAGUUUGGGGCUCCCGGCUACUUUUUGACAUUACCAAGAUCAGCAUUAUAGCGUCACGUCACACCUUAAGAGACCGCAGUAUCUAUUUCUGAACCGUGUUCUAUCUAUGUACCUAAAGUUAAAGAUAAGAAUAAAAAAUAUAUAUGUAUAAUUAAAUGUUGAGUUGAGUAUUGGUAUGACCAAAUGUCUGAAUCAAUUUGUCGCAUACAUUUAAAAUAGUUAUUUGUUCUAUAAAUGAUAUAAUGCUCACUGUGAUGUUAUUAAAUAUUAAUAAAAAGCUUUAAUCGUGUCAACACCUUUUUAUUUCAACAAAAGAGGUCCCGCUGAGAUAUAGUUAUCUAUUUAAAUACAAAUACUCAUUAAAUACUGUAAACAUUUAAAGCUUACACAAAAAUACUUUAAAAAAUACAUAGAUAGAAAUGAUGUCUUUACCCUUUCUCCACUGAUGUCACAUACGGUGACCAGCCACUCCAGCCAGUAAGUAGUGUUUCAACUUACAAACAUUAGGUACCUACAAUACUACCUACUCUUUGCCAAGUUUUCGUGACACGAGUCUAUAUCUAUAUUAACGAUAUUGAUGCAUAAAAUGGGUAAACGUCAACAUACCACUAUACAUUUAUGACUUUAUAUCAGUAUGUAUACAUAGGUACAUGCCACACAUACAAUGCCAGACUUACAAUCAGUCUAAUUUUAGUAAUUAUAAACACUGAUAAAGCAUAUCUUCUAGCCCCUAAUUUAGAUUAGUCAAAAUAAAGAUAAACAUUUGAUUGAAUCAAGAAACCCUCUAGAAGAAGGCUUCUAGGCGGCUAGAGAGAAUAUGAUUAUAAAGCUACCUAAACUGUCUGAAAUCGCAAUUUAGUACUAAAUGUAAUGAAUUUUUGAAAAAGUGUUAUAGGGGCUGAAAAAUGUUUUCUUACGCA